UUGACAAAUCAAGAUGGCGACCUACGCUGAAGCAGGAAAGAGGUUUCAGUAUAAAUAAAACUCACUCGGAGAACAGUUUAAAUUGGAGUGCCACCGCGAAAAGACGUCGUCUGAAUUUUGAAAGGGCAAGACGGAGCAGAUACUGUGACUCUAAAUGGCUGCGAGGAAGUCUGGAACAGAUGCAUAUAACAACGGACCCAUCAGCUACCUUGAUGAUGUUUCUUUCAAGAUAAAUGAUAAAUUCCGCUGUCCAGCCAAAGUGGGGCUGCCUGUUGGUUUCUGUCUGCCAGACUGUGGCUCUUUACUUUUGAACACACAGUAUGACUUUUCUCUGGAGAGACGUACUGUGCGCUGGGGGCUAGAACUGGCUGAGGCCAGAGCAGCAGAGGCCAGAGCAGAAGAGGCGGCAGCUCAGCAGGAGUCAGAGAGCAGAGAGUGUUUGACUCAGGCCCAGGACAUUGAUGGCAGUGGCGAGAAAAAACACCUUUCUGCUGCAGAGGACCAGGACCUUCCACCACCAGCGCUAAACCCUGUUUUGGCAGGGUUGAGCCAUGAUGCCAUUCUCACCCCACUACCCGCCCCAAGCCUUGGCCCCAGGAAAACCCAGCCUAGCACUCCUAAGCCACACAGCCUCAAUCUAGCCGACUUUGAGCGGGAAGAAGACCCCUUUGACAAGCUGGAACUCAAAACUUUGGAUGAUAAGGAGGAGCUAAGGAGCAUCCUCCAGAGCCAGCCCCAACCUCAGCCUCCUCCUUCGGUGUCCCCACCAGAGGUCUCUCAGCCAGGGUCAGCAUCACGUGGAAACAGCCCAUCGCCACCCAGCACCAACACCAGCCUCUCAGCUAAACCAGGCUUUACCCACAAACCCAAUGGAUUGGUUAACUUGCUGGACAUGGACAGAGUUGGACAUCCUGGAAGAGCAGGGUUUGAUACAGACGAUCGACCCUGUAACAUUCGCUCUCUGACUUUUCCCAAGCUCUCUGACUCUGGUGACCCAGAGCCAGUUAGAUACAGUUCACUCGCUGCACCCGUUCCUGCUCCUCGGCAGAGCCUGCCUAAUGGCAGCCCGCCAACCCUACCCAAGACUCAAGUUAUUGUUACACCUGAGCCACCCUGCCACACCAAGAGUGGCACACCAAAGCCAGCCAACCCAGGGUCAGGAUCUGCUGGUCUGCCGUGUGGCGGAGCCCUUCUCAGCAUGAAUCCCGGUGAACGUCAGUGUGUGGAAACGCUUGUGGGCAUGGGCUACUCCUAUGAAGGUGUCCUACGGGCCAUGCAAAGACAAGGGCAGAAUGUGGAGCAGGUACUGGACUAUCUGUUUGUCCAUGAUCGUCUGUGUGAGCGGGGCUUUGAUGCAAGUGCAGUGGAGGAAUGCUUAGAGAUGUACCAGUGCUCAGAAGAAAAGGCCUUGCAGUUUCUUGAGCUGAUGUCAAGAUUUGGUGAAAUGGGAUUUGAGCGGGACGCCAUCAAAGAGGUGCUGCUAGUCCACAACAAUGAUCAGGACAAGGCUCUGGAGGACCUAAUGGCUCGUGCCACUGCUAGCUGAGCCAAGCCAGUCAGCUCACCAAAGCUCUCCCCAGGGCAUGCCUCCCGCUACACCCAACAGCCCCUUUCCUUCUGCCUACCCUAUCACACCAUGCCCUGCCCUGCCCUGCCCUUGCCUUGGCUGUGGAAGGAACAGCUGGGAGACUGUUGUAUUUCUCUCUGUGCUAAAACAUAUUGUGUCUCAGCACUUCUUAAAGACUGUGUGCCUAGAGUGGAGGGGGUUAAACUGUAACCAUACUUUGGGUUGGUGUUAGGUUCCGGGAUUUGGUACAGCCAUGUUAUUCAACAAUAGGAGGAAUGACUGUGCUGGGAAGGGGAAAAUGAAAGAAUUAGGCUGUGGCAUUUUGAUGCCAUUCUGAUUUGCUUCCACUUGGAAGUGUUUAUCUGACUGCAAGCAAAACUGCAGAACUGAAUGGGGAGGGGCUGGUGACCGGCUCUGAGUGCAUCACAGAAAGACCAGUGUGAACUUUGGAAACUCCCAAACAACUAAGCUGCCAUCUUCCACUGCUCACUGCAGACCUAGUAAAUGGUGGAGGGGAUAGGGGGCUUUGAGGAGGCUCUCUACACACUGUACCAACUAAUGUUAAAAAUUUAAAAAAAAAAGAAAAAAAAAGAGGAAAAAAGGCACAGUCACCAGACAGAGAACUGACUCUCAAAAAGUGCCCUCUGUGCUGUGGUGCCCUGCACCUAUUUUGUUCUGCUUUAUGCUUUCAUUCACUCAUGUCUGUUUUUCUGUUCAUUUUGGGCACUUUUUCUUGUCCAUUUAAAGAUUCCAUUUCUUUGCUUUCUGUUUUAGGAAUUGCAUAAUUGAUCAUUAGUCAUUAUAACUCAGAACAUAAGAGUACUACUGCCCCAGUAUGCUCUUCGACCUGCACUGGAAUAGCCUGCUAAAGGAGUGGGAAGACAUGGGGAAAAUUCCUCUGCAGGAAAUUUAGAAAUAUCCCAUGACCCACUGGCACUGAUGUGUCACAUACUUCACAGGCACACACGUUUCAUAGUUAUCAACUUAUUUAAAAUAGUACACUGACACUUUGAUUUUAAAAAUAAAGAGUUUGAUAUGUUAUUGUAAGAUAUGUUAACUUACAAGUGUGACACUUUUAACGGUCAUGAACCUUUGUUUGCAGACUGGAAAAGAGUGAGUGGUUUAAAAAAGAAGAAGAAAAAGAAACAAAUUGUAAAUGGAAGGUUGUUUUUGCAGCCACAUCACAGUGCAAUAGAGACAUUUCAUAUUGUGUGACUGUUGACUGGCACUUUGAGCCUCAAGUAAUCGUUGGGAGAUGCGUAAUGGUCUUUAAGCCUUGCUGGAAAUUUGGAUGAAACUAGAAAAGAUUUGAUUUCAGUGAUUUCUAUCAUUCAUUCUCUGUUAUUGAAUUUCAUAUGACAAAAUCUAAUCAAACAUGACUUUGGUUUGUUGACUUGUCCACUGUUUGUCCUCAUGAGUAAUAUGAAAUGAGUAUUCUUGAUUUUAGUUCGGUUGGCAUCUCCACAGUCCCUUUUCAAAAAAGGUCAAAAAUAAUUUUCCAAUGUUGAUUGCAGGGUUUUUUUUUUUGGUAAAGAACGUUCUUAUUUCUUUCCCUGCGUGAUAAUAGACUUCCUGGGUUCAAUGUUUGAAAAACAUGCAGCUGCACCAAUGGCAAAGAUGGCAAAAAAUUCCCAUAAUCUUGAGCUCUGUGGUUUUGAUGUGGAUUGUGAGAGGCAUGGUAACAGAUUAAGGGCUUAAAGUUAGUAAAAAUGUGACUCAUAAAACUGGCACUUUGCUUGGGACAAGUCCAAUAUUUUGUCCUCUGUUCAAUGUGCAAGUAGAACAUUUCUAACCACUACUCUAUUUGAGAACAAAACAGUAGUAGAAUAUUUUAUUGCCAAUACAAAUAUCAUUUUACUUGUUUGAUAGAAACUAUUAAUAGUGACAAACCGUCUGCAGAAUAUAGAGAACUAUUCAAACCACAAAGUUGCGGUAAAUUAACUUCCCAAACUGGAAGCAUGCCACUCUUUGCUUCAGUGGCAACAUCCUAAAUCUAUCCUUGAGUCAAAUUUUGCUAUUUUUUUGGUGUUUGAAUCCCUAAUGGAGGGGAGUAACAUGUCAUGAGCAAGGAGUCAUGUUAGUAGAGUUACUUUAGCCAGUGUUUUAAGUCUGAUAUGUGGUUGAUAUGAUCGACAGUUGAGUGUUUUCACUUAGUUUUUUUUUUUUUUUUAAUGCCUUUUUAAUUACCGCGAUAAAGAAGACAGGUAUACUUACCUAAGAGACAAACACAUAAGUGGUAUUAUUGUCUUAUUGUCUCCAUACUUGAUUCAAGUGUGGUGUUGGUAAUCCGAGAUAAAGCAAGUCAAUGUUCACUUGGCUCUCCUCUGACAGCCACCUAAGUUGGGCUGUUUACAGUGUGGAUGGGUCUGGACCUCCUCCAUUGAUGCCUCCUGUUUCUGUCCUGAUCUUCAAGUUGUACAAGGGAUAAAGUGCAACUACAUUCUCAUUAUUUAAGGGAUAACAUUUAAGGGUUUAUAUAUCAGAUUCACAUCUAAGUCACCACAUAAUGAAUCUUCAGAACAUUGAAAUAUUUUAUUAGUAUAAUAAAAAAUGGUUGAGCUAAGCGUUCUUUCCCAAGCUCCUAAAAUGUGAUUUAUAAAAUGUUUAAUUUCCUCUUGAAAAACACAUGAUUAAAUGUGCACAUCUUUUCAGUGAGA